AUGCAGAAGUCUUGCGAAGAAAAUGAAGGCAAACCACAGAAUGUGCCAAAGGUUGAGGAAGACCACGCUUCAGAAGAUGUACCCCAGGAGGCAGAAGGAAGUCCUCAGCCUUGGGAAGACAGUGUACCCCGGGAGGCAGAGGGAAGUCCUCAGCCUUGGGAAGACACGCUGACCCAACCUGUCCAGGGAUUUAAAGAGGACACUCCCGUCAGGCAUUUGGACCCUGAGGAAACACUAAGAGGAGCAGAUGAGUUGGGUGGUUUAGGGAAGAAUAAGAAGCUAAGAAACUAG